AUGUCGACUUCGAAUUCGACUUUGGAUUCGGCCCCGGGUUCACUUCUGAGUUUGCCACUCUUGUUAGGCCUCCAGCUACAGUUUCGACUUCAGCCUCGGUUCGACUUACGCCUCGAAUUUGAUCUCUUGAUUUCGGUCUCGGGUCAAACCUUUUGUUUCAUCUUCAGCAUCGGCUUCGAUCUAGUCUUUGCAUUCGCUCUAAGCCUCGGAUUCUACCUCCGGCCAUGGCUUCUGCUUCCUGCUCUAGCUUCAACUUCAACCCUGGCUUUGGAUUCGGCUUCAGCUUUAUAUUUGACCUCCGAUCACGACUUUUGCUUCAACUUUAAGUUUAGUCUCAGGCCUCUGAUUUGA